AUGCAAGAGAUUAUAAUUAUAGGAAUUGGAUAGUGUGGAAUUAAUAUAGGAUUGGAAUUCAUAAAGCAAUUAAAUUAUGAUCAUUGUUUAAAUAGUCAUUAAGAAAUAAUUGAUUAAAAUAGAUACAAAAAGAAAAUCAAUGUUUUUUAUAAUGAAAAUUCAAGAUAAUAGUUUAUUCCGAGAUGUUUGUUUCUAGACUUAGAACCAAGUAAUAUCUGUUUAUAUGGUUAGGUUAAAUUGAUAAAUUACUUAUUUAGAAGGAUGUACUUAUUGAUCCAAAUUGUUGUUUUUCAAUGAAUUUUGGUAGCAAUAAUAUUUUUGCAAUUGGAAAAUAUACUAAAGGAUAAGAAUUAAUGGAAUAAUGUAAACAUGUAUUAAAUAAUUACUUUGAAAAAUCAGAUAAUUUAUAAGGCAUUAUGAUGUUUUUUUCAACUGGAGGAGGAAGUGGUUCAGGCAUAGCAAAUAAUUUGAUUUUUUAUUUUCAUGAAAAAGACUUAACAAAGAUAGUUCAUUGUAAUCCUGUAUUUUAGUAUGGAAUAACACAAAAUUAUUUAGAAAUAUAUAAUACAGCAUUCAUUUUACAACCUAUGACUGAAAUUGUUGAUUUAGUAACAGUUUUUGAUAAUGUUGGUUUAUAAUCUAUAUGCACAAUCAAUGGAAUAUCUUAAAAUUAUGAAAAUUAUAACAAAAUUAUAUCUGAGAGUUUGAUUCAAACCACUGCUUCAUAUCGAUUUCCAGGAUUUCUUAAUGGAGGAAUGAAGAAACUUUAGUUGAAUUUGAUACCAUUUCCAAGAUUACAUUUUUUUUAACCUAGCUAUAUGAUUAUUAAUUAAUCAAAUUGGAGUAUUACUAAUAUUCUGAAAACAUAAUAUAAGUUGUGUUCUUUUGAAGAUAAUUUACAAAAUGAAUACACCUCAUAUCAGAUUUAAUUAAGAGGUAAUUGCUUUGAAAUGCCUGAAUCUCAAUCCUUACUAAUUAAAAAAGAAGAUCUCUAUUAAUUUAUUGGUCAUGAUACUCAUUAUAGAGUUCAUACUAGUGUUUAACAUAGAGAUCAUGAAAAUAUUGUUGGAUUUUUAGGAAAUUCUAAUGGAUUUAAAAAUUAUAUUUAGUGUUAUUCAGAUAAUUUUGCAAAAAUGUUUAGAAAAAAAGCUUAUGUACAUCUUUAUUCAUCUGUUGGGAUGGAUGAAAUGGAAUUCACUGAAGCAGAGACUAAUAUUAAUGAUUUAAUUUCUGAAUAUGAACCUUUUAUUCAUAGUUGUUGUCAUAGCGAUUAUGAUUAUGGUGAAGAAGAAGAAUUUUGA